CACUCUAUUUAUACCAGUCGAACAUUGCAAAUUGCGAUUGUCUGUUGUUUCUUGCUAAUCCAAUUAGGGUUUUGCGAUCCUGCAAUUCGCCCUUCCCCCACCGCAACUUCACCGUCGGCGAGAAACAAAGCUCGCAGUCUCGGUUUACAGCACCAUCGGAGAACUUCUGCACACUCCUAAUGUCUCGAAUCCUCUAAAAUCAAAAAGAUUUGGAAUUUUUUCGGUGAGUAAAAACCCCAUGGCCGCUGAAGAGCCUAGCAAAUUAGAUGAUCCUGAAUUUAAGUGGGGAAAAAAGAAGGGUGUUGGUGGUAAGAAGAAGGAUGUACAAUUUUACUCGUCUUUUACCUAUGAUGGUGUAGAAUACACACUGUAUGACUCUGUGUAUCUCUACAAGGAGGGUGAACCUGAGCCUUACAUCGGGAAGCUUAUUAAGAUAUGGGAAACCGCUGAUAAGGCAAAGAAAGUGAAGGUUCUGUGGUAUUUCCGUCCGGGUGAGAUUCGGAACUUUCUCGAAGGAUGCGAGGUUCGCGGGAACGAGCUGUUCUUGGCGUGUGGUGAUGGAGUAGGGCUUGCAAAUCUAAAUCCACUGGAAGCUAUUGUUGGCAAAUGCAAUGUUCUUUGCAUUUUGAAGGAUAGUAGGAAUCCACAGCCAUCAAAUGAAGAACUACAUCUGGCUGAAUUUGUAUUCUAUCGAUUCUUUGAUGUAGGGCAGAGAAAAGUAUUGGAUAAGAUAGAUGAUAUGAUUGCUGGAGUUGAAGUUAAACAUAUUUUUAACAAUUUAGAUAGACAAAAGCCUAUUGGUAAUGCAAAACUUGGGUUAGACAAGCCAGGAAUUAGUGGGAACAUUCUGAAUGAUAAAUCAAAUGACAAGUCUUUGAACACAUUCGCUAGGGAAAAUGAUGUUCCCAAGCCUUUGUUGGGCGGAAAAUCUAACCCGUUUAUAAAGGAAGAAAAUGAUACUAAUGAGGCUUUCCAAACGAUUGCUAAUGACGAGAUCAAGCCAAAACCUAAUGUUCAAGAAAAGCAAAACUCAUCACUUGAAAUAUGGGACAAUUCAACUGGUGGCGUCAUCUUAGGGGAAGAAGCUAAGACGAUCUCAAUUGAGAAAAUGAUUCCAAGGGCAAAGGUUGAUUUAGAAAAGGGUGCAUCGAAGCUUGUUAAGGGUAUUAAUGGACAAUCUAAGACGGAAUUGGCGGAGGAUGUUGCUCCCCGAAAUGGAAAAAACGAUGUCUCGGGCGAAGUUUCAAAAACGAAGAUGGAGGAUAAUGUGCCAAAUGGCAAUGAUGUGAAUAUAGCUUUGACUUCUUCGAAGGAGAAAUAUAGACUACAACGAGCAAAGGAUUGUUGUGAUGUUGAGGAUGGCCCUUCCAAGAAGUUAAAGAUAGAUGCUAAACUCGCAAAGCCAGAUAGUGACAAGUUUGGUAAAGAAUCUCCUGGAAUUACUCCAACGGUGGAAGCCAAUCUAGAUCACUAUGCAACAAAAGUGAUUCGAAGACCCAAUAUUAAUGAUGAGCCUCGCAAGAAGUUAAAGAUAAAUGAGAAAAACUCAAAAACCUCCAACGACAAGUUUCAAAAAGAAUCUCCUAGAGUUACUCCAACUGUGGAACCCAAUGUAGAUUGCCAUGCAGAAGAAGUGAAUCAAAGGCCUUAUGUUGAGGAUGGCCCUUCCAAGAAGUUAAAGACAACUGAGAAACUCCCAAAACCCCCAAGUGACAAGUUUCAAAACGAAUCUCCCGGAGUUACUCCAAGGCCUUAUGUUGAGGAUGGCCCUUCCAAGAAGUUAAAGACAACUGAGAAACUCUCAAAACCCCUAGGCGACAAGUUUCGAAAGGAAUCUCCCAGAGUUUCUCCAUUUGAGGAACCCAAGUUGGAUUGCAAUGUAGCAGAAGUGACUAGAAGACCCGAUGUUGAUAGGAGCAAGUGGUUUAAGGAAAUUCCUUGGGAAGAAAGAAUGAAAACUGCUCAUGAACGAGGAAAACUUGUGCUACUUGAAAAUUUGGAUCCAUCUUUAACAUCAGAACAAGUACAGGAUAUCAUUUUUCAAGGCUUUAAAGAAAGUUGCACUGCACACAUGAUCCAGAAAACAGCGUGUGCUAGCCCUCAUUCUGGUCAAGCUUUUGUUAUAUUUAAAAAAAAGGAAACAGCAGAUAUGGUUGUUAAAAAAUUACAGGAGGAUUCUCUAUUAAUGUCAAAUGGCUGCCCACUUGUUGGAAGCAUUGGACGUCCUUGCUUUCCAGGGAAGAAGCCAGCAUUUUAUGGUCAUUAUUUUCUAGAUCAAAGUCGAAUGCUGCAACAACGUGAAAUGAAAAAUGCUGUAUCUACUUCACAUUGCUCACAGCCCAACAAUAUUGAAUAUGAUAUGGCUAUGGAUUGGUGCUUACUACAAAAAAGAGCAGAAAAAGCAUGGUCAAGAUUAUAUCAGCGUCAAGGUGAUGAAUUGAGGAAGCUCAAAGCCAAGCUGAAAACUAAAAUCUAAAUGUCCUGGAAUAUUUUUUGGUUUUUUCUGGUUUGCGGAGUAUCCCAACAAGGAUGAGAGCAUUUCAUUCAGCAACGAAAUUAUUUUGUUAGAUCUUAAAUUAUGGUCUCAAGAUCUUAUGGAAUCAAUCAUUUUUGGCAUCUGAAACAGCUUCGUUGAGGCAGUGGCAUGCAGUUCAGCAGUUGUGAAUAUUAUUUUCUUGGAGUUUGGCUCCGGAACCAAGUCAAUGAACAGUUGUUCCACCUUCUAUUGCGACUCCAAGCAAGCUGUUAAAAGAUUUUUUGCAAGUUUAGAUCGUCUGAAGUAAGGAAAUUUAAGUUUUUUAAGUUAUCAAGUGAGGGGAUAAUACUAUCGGAUUGAUAACAUACCAUCAUAAAUGGAUCUCUCACCAAAUGAUUCGUUAGUUAUCCCUUUAUAAAUAGCUAGGGUUUAGUUCAGUUAUAAUCUGUCAAUUUUCCUGUGUUCUCUCACUUGUCAUCUGUGUGUAAAUUUGGCAUUUAUAUUUGAAGAUACAAACUGUUGGCAUUUUGCCAGUUAAUU